GGCAACAACUUACUGAAUUUUCCCCACAAUCAACAUCAAGGGUAUCUUAUCUUAUCUUAUCUGAACUGUUAGUUAGUUUUAGCCAGUCUUUCAAUCAAGCAGAGCGAGAUGUGGGGCCUCAGUCGACCUUCGCUGUCUCUGAUUGUCGCCGUGGUGGCGCAGAAUGCGGCUUUAACGGCGUUCGCCUUCGCACCACCGUCAGCGUCUACCAGCAGGGUACUCCGUCAACAGAGCCUGUCCGUUCAAUCGGUUGCUUUAUCCGAUUCACUAUCUUCAGUCGAGCAACAUGCCUUGGAAGUCUUUGAGAAAUUCGCCACGGAAAGUAGCGACAUUUCCUCCAGUGAGGAUCUUUAUGAAAUUCUCUGCAGCCUCGAUGUCGAAGCUACCCAGGACGAAGCCGAUGUGCUCUUUCGAUACUUGGAUGAAGACGCUGACGGUGCCUUGAAUUUUGACGACUUUCUCCCCUGGUACAAAGAAGCCGCCGAUGCUGCCACGGCCGUCGCCGAAUCGUUUCAAUCCUUGCUCGUGGGCCGUCGUACCAUUGAACAAUUUGAUCGAACGCCCAUCGGGAACGAUGUCUUGGAACGGGCCGUCCAAUGUGCCAUUGCGGCACCCAAUCGUAGCAUGAGCGAACCCUGGCGAUUCAUUCGGGUUGGUCCCGAAACCAUCUCCAAAUUUGCCGAGUUAAACCUGAGUAUUCGCAAGAAUAUGGAAACUGACGAUGGCAGUUCCUCUGUCUACGAUUGGACCACCGUCCCCGGAUGGUGUGUGGUUACCACCAAGAUUUCCCCCAAUGACGCCGACGCCGAACAGGAGGAUUUCAAGUCCGUCAGCUGCGCCAUUCAAAACUUUAUGCUUAGCAUGUGGAGUGAAGGUGUGGGCACCAAAUGGACCAGUGGACCGGUGCAGAAAACACAAGAGUUUGCCGACCUUUGUGGCGUCGACACGUCGAUAGAACGAGUUGUUGGAUGUAUAUGGUUCGGUUAUGCUACUGGCGGGGGCAAUUAUGCUGAUCCACGACGGCGUAGAAAGGAGGUUAAGGAUGUUCUCAGCCAUUUGCCUUGAUAUGCCUCGAGAGAAUUGUUCAUUCAUUCAAUCGACCGUGAUAAGAGGAGUGUAUUGGAGAGUCUUGGUUUGCAUUCGGGGAUGCAGUGUCUGUAGGCUUCCACAAGCGAAAAGAGAGAGCUCCAACUUGAGCUCUCGCCGAACGUCGUAACUACUUUGAUGUGGAAGCUAGCUAGCUAGCUAACCAAAAAUACAAAGACAUGCUUAUGAAGU